AUGACCCCGAUGAUGCGUCCUCUCCUUGUGACGUUGCUGUUGUCACUGUCCUGCACGGCCGUCUGUUCAUCGAGCAGCGAUGGUGGACCGAACAGUCCGAUCUUCAAUCUGGACAACACCGCGCUCGAGAAGAACCUGGCGGCUAUUUUCAACAAAGUGGCGCACAGUUCAGCGACCACGAAAAGAAGCGUGCCCGCUUAUGACGCCCAAGUGUCAGCGAGUACAACCCUGUCCACGGUGCCCUCGUCCCUUACCACAACCACCACCACCACCACCACAACCACCAGUACAACGGCGAGCCCGUCAGUGCCGCCGAUCAGGUAUCCUGUUCCUAGAGCGACCAUGGCGCCAGCCUUUCGCGAGUUACCCUCUUACGCGCCCCCGUCCCGUGCCCUCUUCACCCCACCAUUACCCCCAGAAUAUUUGCAUCCGUUCGCGAACAAGCCAACCCUACGAGGAACGAACUCGGACGCUCAUUCGGGCCUGAAGCGACCAGUACCGCCACCUAGCGGUACUCCGGCUCACGAAAGAAUACCAAUCAGGCCUCCAGACCUACAGGGUCCGUCCCAAAUACCAGAGAGACACUCGCACUCGAGGAACAAGCAACCAUUGCUCAACACACCCAGCAAAGAGCAGAACGUGGUUGAGCCAAGCAGCGAGCUGGACAGAAGGAACAACACGAACGAGUUUCUCCACUCGCAUCACUAUCCAGGCAUAUCGAGAAUACUCUCGGGUAGCAACGGUCGCAAGCAAGAAGUCCCCGAUAUUCUUCUGAAACCGCUGGCCACGAAAAGCCCACAGCAGAACGUCCCAUUGGUGCCUACCACCGAGAAGAUGACCACCCCAGUGGCCAGCACAACGGCCAGACCGUCCAGCACUCUGGACUCCUCGAAGUCCGUCACCCAACCGACGAUCUUCAAUCUACCAAACACAAGGCGGCACAACGACGACGGUUACCACGGGCUUAGGAACGAGAACGGGUAUAAAACCGAGACGAUCGAGAUCGUCGACACCGAGAGGCUACCGUAUCCCCAGCCCCAACCACCAGCCCCACUGCCACCGAAGAGGCCCAAUGAGAGCAACGAUCGUACGGUGCCGCAAUUCGACAAGCAUCAUCCCCUAGAGUCCACAUGGAGGAUCGCCUGGUCUCUGCACGUCUACGUAGCCGCGAUCAUGUUCACCCUGAUGGCACUCUACUCGAUCUACAAGAUCGUGCGUUUCAACGAGGCAACGAAUCUGCUCACCCAGUCGUACUUCCUAGCUGUUCAUCUGUUGCUUACCACCGUCUGCACGCUGAGAUGCUUUCAUCUGUUCUACGACGCGUACAAUCUCGGCCAUUCGUUGCCCGAGCCGUUGUCGCGGGUUCUGAUGUAUCUACCCGGCCCGUUAUUGUCCGCCGCGUUUGCUACCCUUGUCCUCUAUCUGGCACGUUGCUCGGAAGCCCCACCGUUGAACAAUCGGUUCCUAUCACCUGCUUCGUUGGUGCUAUCCUCCACGGUGAACAUGGUGCUAUGCGUCUCGUUGCACGUCUCCACCCACGUGCUCGGUUAUCAGGACGAGGCGAAGAUACUUCCGUUGAUCUGUCAGUGUAUCUACAUCAUCGUGUGCGUCACAUUGGGUCUUGGGUACAUGUACGUGUAUCGUGUGAUACGCUCGCAGAUCCACGUGACCAGCAACAAAGCAGCAGGCGCGAAUCACAUGGUUGGUGCCGAUCCAACAACCGUGGCGCUCAGCACAGCGAUCACCACCAGUAUCGCCACCGCGGUGUUCUUCAUACUGAUGGGUUUCGUUCAGCUGUACGGGAUCUUCGGGAACGUACAGGAACGACCGUUGUCCUAUCCAUGGCUAUGGUGGGGUUGGCAGUUCGCUGUCAGGCUCCUGGAACUUGCUGUAUGCGGCCUCCUCGCCUGGGUGGCAAGCCUGUCGCAGUUCCCUCUAAGGGAGAAACAACUGCAACAACACACCGUGCACUCGGGAUUCGCGUUGUUCCCAUGUGGCAGCUCCACGUCCACCGAGAACAUGGACGACGUUCUCUAUCCGGCUAUUUGCAGCACCAACCAGGCGAUCCAGAAUUACACGAUGAGAACCGGGAAACAGGUUUACGACGAUAGCUUCCCGCUGAACACGCUACCCGAGCAUUUGAACAUAUCAGGUACCUUCGAGAGACAUUCCAUUCGCAAGUCAGGCACCAUGGGCCAUUUCCCGCACGAAGGUCGCGGCUCGUUAAACCGGCACGGUAAUGGUAUACAAACGUUGAGGAACUCGGAGUCCCGCGGCAGGCACACGCCGGUUCAGGGUAUGCACGAGCAGACUCCGACCACGGGCUCGACGAUGCUGGUCGCCGAAGACGGGUUCGUGAGGUUCCGCAGCCUCGGAGCGGAAGAGGACGAGCUGUCCGACACGCCUAGUAUGGUCGGCACCCACGGGCGCGGCAGCUCGCUAGCCGGCAGCGUGCGAUUCAACGCGCGACACCCGACGUUGCAGCAUCAGCAUACCCAUCCGCAUCCGCAUCAACACUCGUUGCAGCAUCCACACCCGAGUCAGCAUCAGGUGCCGCCUCACCAUCAGCUGUACAACAACACGUAAAGUCGGGCGGCCCCGUCGCCCAGGAUAGCGUUUGUUGUUCCGCCGUUGACCUGAUGCUCGUGUCUCACGAUCGUCAACGAAAUAAAUAGGAUGUUCCAGGCUGUCGCGACCUACGGUCU